UGGUUCUCCAUGUAGACUCAAUCACCAACCCAAACGUAGGGAAGCACAAGCACACUGCACCAUGGCGCUCACCGUCAAGAGCACCGACGACCAGGCCGUGCUGGACGCCGAGCACGAGCUCUGGGCGACCACAUUCUCCUACAUCAAGUCCAUGGCGCUCAAGUCGGCCCUUGACCUCCGCCUCGCCGACGCCAUCCACCACCACGGCGGCGCCGCCACCCUCCCUCAGAUAGCCGCCAGGGUCGCGGUGCACCCGUCCAAGAUCCCCUGCCUGCGCCGCCUCAUGCGCACGCUCACCGUCUCGGGCGUCUUCAGCGUCGUCCAGCAGCAGGACGUCGUCGUUCCUGCUGCCCCCGUGAGCAACGGCAGCUGCAACGGCGCCGUCGCCGCCGAGCCCUUGUACGCCCUCACGCCGGUCUCCCGCCUCCUCGUCGGCUCGUGGAACCUGGUCUCGAUCAUCACCAUGCUCCUCAGCCCCAACUUCGUCACCACAUUCCUGGGCAUCGGCGCGUGGUUCGAGCACGCGCUGCCGGACCCGUGCCUCUUCACGCAGGCGCACGGCGAGGCCCUGUGGACGAUGGCGGACCACGACGCCACCUUCGACGCGCUCAUCAACGACGGGAUGGUCUCGGACAGCAGCUUCAUCAUGGACAUCGCCAUGAGGGAGUGCGGCGAGGUCUUCCAGGGGAUAGGCUCCCUGAUGGACGUCGGGGGCGGCCUCGGCGCGGCGGCCCAGGCCAUCUCCAGGGCGUUCCCAAGUCUGGAAUGCACCGUGAUGGACCUCGACCACGUCGUCGACAAGGCUCCGGCUGGCACCGACGUGAAGUACGUCGUCGGCGACAUGUUCGAGAGCGUUCCGCCGGCAGACGCUGUCUUUCUCAAGUGGGUACUACAUGACUGGGGACACGAGGACUGUGUCAAGAUACUAAAGAACUGCAAGAAAUCUAUUCCUCCGAGAGGGAAAGGAGGAAAGGUAAUAAUCAUCGACAUAGUGAUUGGAGCCGGGCCGUCACACGUAAAGCACCGGGAGCUGCAGUCCAUGUUCGACCUCUACAUGAUGAUUGUCGAUGGCAUUGAGCGAGAUGAGCAAGAGUGGAAAAAGAUCUUCCUCGAAGCUGGGUUUAGUGGCUACAAGAUUAUACCAGUUCUAGGGUUCAGGUCAAUCAUCGAGGUCUACCCGUAGAAGUGUUUUUUUGAGUAUGUGUGGAGACAUGCAUGCUCAUGAAAACCGAAUAAUGGUUUGGUUGAUUAGGCCUGAGUUUCGGGUAAAAGUAUGGUUAUAUGUUUCAUGUAGCUGUUAAUAUCAUGUAUGAAAGCCCUAAAAUACUCCCUCUCCCCGAUUUAUAGGGCAUGUGUGUGUUCUUAUGCCCUCUAUUAGAUAAAAAAAGAAGUAUGUGUUCUAUUUCACGAAAAGCAUAUAAUUGAAUUCAUAUUCAAACGCA